UCAUAAGUUUAAAUGAGACGGAGGGAGCAGUGGUUUCCUCUUCCUCUCACAGAAGGUACAAACCAACGGAUACUCACCGCACUUGCCGACUGGGAAAUACGACCGGAAAUCCUAACGCGUCCCUAUUCCGUUCGCCGGCAGCGUCAUCGCCGUCUCCGUUGUUAGAAAUAUCACAAGUCUAAAGCAAUGGCCAUCCAUGAGGACAUUGUAUAGUAGAUCAUGUGGUUAAUGGUAAAGGUAACCAUAGUCAUCUGAGUGAUGGCAAGGUAUAUAUACCGGAAAAUGAAUUGAUCUGAGAGUAAAAGUUUCAGCUUGGCAUGGUCUCUGUGUGAUUGGAGAGAAUUCAGGUCGAUGGUGAGGCUAUAGGUGUAUUACUGUUAAAUAUUAAUCAUGGAAAAUACUUACACGGAUCCAAAUGAAACUCCAGAGAUGUUACCACCUCCACCAGGGAGUUUUAUUGAUCGUGAAGAACUCAUUCAGCAUGUUGGGGAGUUUGCACUAUCCCAGGGAUAUGUUGUCACGAUCAAACAGUCUAAGAAAGACAAAGUGGUAGUACUUGGCUGUGACAGAGGAGGUGUUUACCGGAAUAGGCGUAAGCCUGUCGAUGAGACAUCCUGUGGACAUUCUCGAAAAAGGAAGAUGGGAUCUCGGUUAACAAAUUGUCCUUUUGAGCUUGUGGGUAAGAAGGAAGAUGGAUUGUGGGUUCUUACGGUAAAAGAUGGAUCACACAAUCAUGAAGCCUUAAAGGACAUCUCGGAGCAUCCCUCUGCUCGACGUUUUUCAGAGAAAGAAGUAGUAUUAAUUAAAGAGAUGACAGAUGCUGGUUUAAAGCCACGUCAGAUUCUAAAGAGGCUUAGGCAGACCAAUCCAGACCUUUUGUCGACACCAAAACAUGUUUACAACGUUAAAGCUAAGCUACGGCAUGGAAAUCUUAACGUGAGGAGAUUCAAAACAGUGAGGCCUUGUACAUCUGUAGAAGGGAACACUCAGCCCGCAAUGACUACUGAGCCUUCUUGGAGGAAGCGCUAUCCUCCGAGGAACCCUAAUCUUAUAGGUGGUAGAUUUGUUGACUCGCAAUCAUCUGCAUCCGUUGACGUACUAAACCCUGCAACACAACAAGUGGUCUCACAAGUUCCUUUAAGUACGGGUGAAGAACUUAAGGCUGCUGUGUUUGCAGCAAAAAGAGCUUUCCCAUUGUGGCGGCACACACCAGUUACAACCCGUCAGCGGAUCAUGUUCAAGCUUCAAGAACUUAUCCGGAGAGAUAUUGAUAAGCUUGCGUUCGCCAUAGCUACCGAGCAGGGCAAGACUUUGAAGGCUGCAUACAGCGAAGUGCAACGUGGGCUAGAAAUAGUGGAGUGUGCUUGUGGUGGGGCAGCACUGCAGACAGGGGAGUUUGUUUCAAACAUGUCAAAUGGAAUCGAUACUUUUAGUAUCAGAGAGCCUCUUGGAGUUUGUGCAGGAAUAUGCCCAUUCACCUUCCCUGCUAUGAUUCCAUUGUGGAUGUUCCCUGUUGCGAUUUCAUGCGGCAAUACAUAUAUUCUAAAGCCAUCUGAGAAAGCUCCAGGAGCUUGCAUGAUACUUGCAGAAUUAGUAUUGGAAGCUGGUUUGCCGAAUGGUGUCUUAAAUAUUAUUCAUGGCACCAAUGACAUUGUCAAUGCCAUCUGUGAUGAUGACGAUAUUGAAGUUGUGUCUUUUGUUGGUUCUGAUGCUGCUCAACUGUAUAUGCAUGGCAGAUCAUUGGCGAACAACAGUAAAUGUGUCAAGGCCAAUGCGGGAGCCAAGAAUUAUGCUAUUGUCAUGCCUGAUGCAAAUGUUGAAGCUACUUUGAAUGCUCUAGUUGCUGCUGGUUUUGGUGCUGCAGGCCAACGCUGCACAACAAUCAACAUUGUGGUUUUUGUUGGAGGCUCAAUUUCAUGGGAAGAUAAACUAGCAGAAGGUGCAAAGGCACUCAAAGUAAAUGCUGGAACUGAACCUGGUGCAGCCCUUGGACCAGUAAUCAGCAAACAGGUCAGGGAACGGAUAUCCAAGCUCAUCCAAGCAAUUGUUGAUAGUGGCGCAAGACUAGUUCUUGAUGGGAGACAGAUUGCGGUUUCCAAAUACGAGUCGGGCAACUUCUUUGGUCCCACAAUAUUAUCUGAUGUCACAGAAGACAUUGAAUGUGCCAAGGAGGAAAUACUAGGUCCCGUUCUUCUUUGUAUGCAGGCUAAUAGCAUAGAUGAGGCCAUUAACUUAGUGAACCGAAAUAAAAAAUAUUGCAAUGGAACAUCUAUCUUCACGGGCUCUGGGGCACUUGCGAGGAAAUUCCAGAUUGAGAUCGAAACAAGGCAGGUUUGCAUAAAUGCUGCUGUUCCUGCUCCUCUGCCCCUCUUCUCUCUCACAUGCUCAGAGUUGUCUUUUGCUGGGGAUAUCAAUGCCAAUGGCAAAGCUGGUGUACAAUUUUACACCCAAAUAAAGACAGUGACUCAGCAAUGGAAGGAGUUCUCCAGUAAUGAAGGAGGAUUGCCACCCUUAACAUCAAACUACCCCCAAAGUGAUGAUGGAUUAUCUCAGGGACUGCAAGCUUUUGAAUAUCAGAGUGGUACUGGGGAUUAUCAAAGUGGUGAUGGAGUAACCGAGGGAUUACAAUCUAUUGAUUACCAGAGUGGUGGAGAACCGCUGGCGCUACAUUCAGGGGAUUUCUCAAAUGGAGAUGGAGUCCAUAUGGCUUUACACCCAAAGGAUUUCCCAGGAUGUAGCGAUGGUGAAUCUCUGGGAGAACAUUCAGGGGAUAUUCCAAGUGGUAAUGGUAUGUCCCCAACAAUACCAAUAUCUGAUGGAUCACAUUGGACAUUGAACUUUUAAAUAGCAAUCAUUUAUAGCUGGUACUAGAAAAUGUGAAUAAUAGUUCUAGUUUUGUUUGCUAAAGGAUUGAUUUUAUUUUAGUUUUUCUUGAUAUA